AUGUGAAGGGCACAGCCCAUGGAUCAUGUGAGAAGGCACAACCCGUGGUUCCUGUAGGCUGUAGUGUCUUCCUCCACGGUUUGGUCGUCCGAAGAGCGGCGGUGAGCGCUGAGGGGCCCCCGCCGGCGCCUGCAGCACGCCCUGUCGCUUCAGCCUGCAAGCGACGCACGCCACUGACACCUCCACUGCGGCGAUCGGAGCCGCGCGCUAGAUCCAACACUCUCACCGGAAUCGUGGCGGAUUCCGGCGCCGGCGGCCCCGCUCCAGAUCUGCCGCCUUCGGGUGGCGUUGGCCUGCCGCCUGCCUGCCUGGGUGGAGUGCUUCGCAGACUCGCAGUGGCUGGCGGCCUUUCGUUGUCUCCAGGUUACCGCCUCCACUGCAUUUGGUUCAGAGGCUACCUUUCUGUUGCCUUGCCAGUAACAAGUCUAGCAUUGCCCGACACUGUGAUGCACUGAUGCCUUGUCGAGCGAGGAUAGCGAGCAAGGAUGUGUGCCUGCUAUUUGCUUAACCUUGCACAACCUUUGUUAUCAUGUGUAGGAGUAUAAUUAUAAUCAGCUUCUUAUAUUAUGUUUAAAUUAUAACUCAGGCAUCACUGCAUGUGCAGAUGUUGUAGGUCCAGCGAUUCACAGUUGCGAUCAAAGCCAAACCAUACAGUAGCAGUGUAGAUUGAUCUGCUCUGUGCCCUGUCAUUUCUUGCAGUUGCAGUAGCAAUUUAUAUCUUCAAAUAAAAUGCAUAUUCUACAACCAAUCCAGUUAUAUUCGCUUUGAACCUUUUAUUUAAAUUUAAGAAAAAAAAUCAAUUAUUUGAUCUCUUGGAAAGAAAAGUAAGAAUUGUACGUAUGUUAAAUGAACGUAGCACCUUGGCUGGGUCCGCGCAGGGGCUGGACGACAGUAAUAAGUCAUAUGGUGAUUUAAAUUGUUAAGUACGCUAGGAAUAAGUCAUAAAUUGGUUGUGAUUUUUUAGGCCAUAUUCCUAGGCGUGUGCCUCACUUAUAACUUGUGUAACGAUUUUCAUUUGGUGAUCUUGCAGUCUAGCCAUGGAGAGGGUUUCAUCAGCUCCAGAAAUGGAUGAUGUUAUCUCAACUGAUCAGUCAAGCAGAUCAACAAAAAGAAGGGCUAAAGUUUGGGAUUAUGUUGAUUCAGAGCUAGUAGAUGGGAAAGAGAAGGCGAUCUGCAAAUACUGUAAGGCCCACUUAUCUUCUGUUGCGGGUAAAGGUACAACUCAUCUGAAUAGGCACAUUUCUACGUAUUGCCAUGCAAUUUCACAAGAAGAGAGACAAAGGUUCUUAGCGACCCAAAAAACAAAACCUGAUGAGGCUCAUGUUUUCGACCCUGUAGUCUUUCGAGGUCUAAUAGCCAAGUACUUCCUUAGCGCAGAGAUUUCAUUUCGAAAGUGUGAAGAUCCAUCCUGGAAAGAAAUGAUAAAUUACUGCCAACCAUCUUUUCGAUUAGUCGGUCGACAGACUGUCCGUUCAGAUUGCAUUUUGUUGUAUGAAGAGGAGAAGUUGCAAUUGAUGGACCAGUUUACGAAGUUGAAAUCCCAUGUUAGUUUGACUGCCGAUCUUUGGUCCUCUAACCAAAACCUUGGCUAUCUUGGUGUAACAGCACAUUUCAUUAGUGAAGACUUUGAUUUGCACAAAAAGAUCAUUGCAUUCAAGAAAAUUUCCUUACCUCAUACAUCUUAUGUUGUGCAAGAUGGUAUUACCUCUUGUUUGCUAGAGUGGGGAUUGGUUGGGGAUUUGUUUACUCUAACAUUGGAUAAUGCUAGUGUAAACAAUAGAGCAAUGAAAGAUAUGCGAGAUGCAUUGGGUAGUCAGAUGUUUUUUAGUGGUGAACACCUCCAUGUGAGAUGUUCUUCUCAUGUGCUCAAUAUCAUGGUUCAAGCUGGACUGAAAGUCGUUCCAAAUGCAAUCGGGAGCGUGAGGGAUAUUAUCAAGGUCGUGACAUCUACACCAUCUCGUUUGCAAAUCUUCAAUUCUAUUGUUCAAGCAUUGGGUCUUAAAAGUAAAUCAGGGCUGAUUCUUGAUGUUCCACAUCGUUGGAAUGCAACGUAUGAUAUGUUAAAUGAAGCACUAAAAUAUAAGGCUGCUCUUAAUAGGUAUGCAACAGAGCAACAUCAUGAAUGUCCCACUGAAGAAGAUUGGUCAAAGGCAGAAGCUCUUCAUGGUUUUCUACAAGAGUUUAGUGAUGCAACCAAAGCAUUCUCAGCGGAUAGACAUCCCACAUCUCAUCUUUUUCUCAAGUUGUUGCUCGUUAUCCGAGGUGUGCUGCUUGAUGUGACUUGGAACUCAAAUGAACUCAUUAAUGAGAUGGCAAAUGUUAUGUAUGCUAAGUUCCAAAAAUAUUGGGAAAAUCCUAAUAUUGUGUUGCUCAUAGCUGCUGUUCUAGAUCCAUCAAUGAAGACCGAAUUUGUCAAGUUCUAUUUCUACACAAUUGGUGAUAAUGUUGAUGUGAAGAUGAGGGAGCUAAAAAGGUACUUGAAGAAAUAUUACCUAGAGUAUGAGAAAAUCAUAAGGAGUCCUAGUUUGCCUGUCUUUAUUCCUCAUGAGGAUCAGAUGAGAAGUGAGACUUUUACUUCUUCACCUCUCUGUGGUAAAAGAAGGGUGGAACAUGCAUUUGCUCAAUUUGCAUCUCAAAAUAUGGAUGCCCGUCCAGAGCGAACAGAAAUGGAUACUUACUUGGAGGACCCUAGGAUCCUUGUCAAGCCGGAUGAAAACUUCAAUGUUUUAGGAUGGUGGAAGAAAAACAUAGAUGCCUAUCCAAUAUUGUCUUUGAUGGCUAGAGAUUUUUUGGCUAUUCCUGUGAGUACGGUAUCCUCAGAAUCUGCCUUUAGUGCAGCUGGUAGAAUUCUUGGAAAAAAUAGGACAUCACUAUCUCCUGAAACACUUGAAGCUUUAGUCUGUGCCAAAGACUGGUUGAUUGGAUUCAAUGAUGAAGAAGAAGGUGAACCAAUGACAGGAAAGCGAAUGUUUGAUUCAGAUGAUGAAGAAGAUGAUUGGGAAAUUUGAUAUUUAGGUCCAAUGAGCAGAUGUUUAGUAGAAUAGCCUGUUGUUGAGUGUAGCAAGAUCGAUGAUUCAGUGAUAACAAAGUGACUUACCUUCUCCUUCAUCUAUGCACAUUCAAGGUAACUACUGAACCGUUGUUUGGGAACUACGUACUGAACCAUUGCCUGCUAUCCAGCUGAACCGUUGCCUGCUAUCCAGCUGAACCGUUCGGCCACCAUCCAUGAGAAGAUGAUGGAAAUGUGGAAAAGCAAUUUCAUUGUGAACUGUUGCCUGCUAUCUAGCUAAGAUGUUUGCUGUCAGUUCCGGGACUGAUAUAUAUAUGCUUAUGAUGUGUAUUUUGAGACAGAUGGAUGUAAAUAGUUUUUUGGUAGACUUGCGUUCUGCAAUGGGUGGCCAUGUAUGUGUGAGCCCAUGAAUUAUACUAAUUCAAUAAGCUAGUGGUGGUGCUUGCAUGUU